CUGUUUAAAAUGACGGUCAAGGCAGCGCGUGUGCGUGGUGUGCUUUUAUAAGGAAUAUAGUUUCCAUCACAUAGAUAAUAAAAAUAUAUCAUACGAAUGAAGUGCAAUUCAAAUUUGAUCAGAGAGAAUUAAAGGCUGAUAGCAAAUUUUGCAAACGAAAAACUUUUAAUAUUUUUUUUCUAAAAAAAAAAAUAAUCAUUGAAUAUAUAUUUAAUUUUGGAUAUUAAACGAACGAAUUCCGCAACACUAUCAAGAUGACUUGCGGCAUAUCUUGUGUCGAUAAGACACUAAAUAAAUCAUUCUACCAUCUCGGCAUUUGCAUCGCCAAACAUCCGGGCUACUUUGUCAUUAUACCUGUGAUGAUAACUUUGUUGUGUAUGACGGGCUAUCAACAAUUAAAAUAUCAAAUCGAUCCUGAAUAUCUAUUUUCGCCCAUUAAUGGCGAGGGAAAGGCCGAGCGUGCCGUUGUUGAGCAAUAUUUUAAGGUGAAUUAUACGCAUCGCUUCAAUGUGGGACGCAUUACGAGGCCCGGUCGCUUUGGUCGAGUCAUUGUCAUACCCAAAGAUGGCGAUGACAAUAUGCUGCGCCGCGAGAUCUUUAUGGAGCUGCGGCAAUUGGACAAUCUCAUACAGAAUGCGACGACGACAUUCGAUGGCGAUACAUUCACCUACAAGGACAACUGUGCCCGCUGGGAGAACGAAUGCUUCGAGAAUGACAUUCUCAACCUGGAUGCACUCAUGGAUGAUAUCGAAUCCGGUCAGCUGAAUCUCACAUUUCCCAUUAUGUUUAAUCCCGUGACGUGGGAUGCUCACGCUUUUCCUGUGUUCUUUGGAGGCACAAAACUAACCGAGGAUAACUAUAUCAUAAGUGUGCCGGCCAUACAGUUGGUCUACUUUGUCACGGCGGAUAAUAAACGACAAGAUGCCAAGGGCGCUGAGUGGGAAGAAACUUUCCUUCGGGUUGUGGGCAAGGCUGAGAACUCGGGCAUGUUUAAGCACAUUUCGGUUUCAUAUUUUGCCUCUCGCACUCUGGACCACGAGCUGGAGAAGAAUACGAAAACAGUUGUGCCCUAUUUCAGUUCCACUUUUCUGUUAAUGGGUCUGUUCAGCAUCAUAACCUGCAUGAUGGGUGAUGCGGUCCGCUCGAAACCUUGGCUGGGUCUAAUGGGCAAUAUUUCGGCCAUUAUGGCCACACUGGCUGCCUUCGGCUUGGCCAUGUAUUGUGGCAUUGAGUUCAUUGGCAUCAAUCUGGCUGCACCUUUUCUCAUGAUUGGCAUUGGCAUCGAUGAUACGUUUGUCAUGUUAGCUGGUUGGCGUCGAACUCCCGCCAAGAUGCCAGUUCAUGAGCGCAUGGCUCACAUGAUGUCGGAGGCUGCUGUUUCAAUCACCAUCACUUCGGUUACAGAUUUCAUAUCCUUUUUGAUUGGCAUCAUCAGUCCGUUCCGUUCGGUGAAAAUCUUUUGCACCUACUCAGUGUUUGCCGUCUGCUUCACAUUCAUUUGGCACAUCACUUUCUUCGCCGCCUGCAUGGCCAUCUCGGGCUACAGGGAACGCAAGAAUCUUCACGCCAUCUUCGGCUGCAAAGUGAAGCCCAUGUCCGUGGCUAUUAAGGAGAAACGCAACUUCCUCUACAAGGCGAUCAUGGCUGGCGGCAUUGAUCACAACGAUCCGGAUAAUCCCAUCGAUAAUAAGGAUCACAUGUUCAUGGCCUUCUUCAAAGACAAACUCGCUGCUGUGAUUAACAACAAAUGGUGCAAGAUCUUGAUCAUUCUGGCCUUUGCCACCUAUCUGGCUGGUGCUUGCUAUGGCGUCACACAGAUCAAGGAGGGAUUGGAGCGUCGCAAACUGUCACGCGAGGACUCCUAUUCCGUGGAGUUUUUCGAUCGUGAAGAUGACUACUAUCGCGAGUUUCCCUAUAGAAUGCAGGUUAUCAUUUCGAGUCCACACAACUACUCGGAUCCCUGGGUGCAGGAGCAAAUGGAGAAUUUGACCAGAACAUUAGAGCACACUUCGUAUGUCACCUCUUCACUGUAUACCGAAUCCUGGCUACGUUCCUUCCUCUCGUUCAUGGAUCGCAACUAUGACUAUCUGAACAUAACCAUCGAUGAUGAGCCCUCUUUCAUCGAAGCAGUCAAGGAGCAUUGGCUCUUCCCCGGCAAUCCAUUUUCACUGGACGUGCGUCUAAAUGAGGACGAGACACAGAUCAUCGCCUCUAGAUUCCUCAUUCAAGCGGUCAACAUUACAGACACGAAUCACGAGAAGGAAAUGGUUAGAGAUCUGCGUAAAAUCUGCAAGGACUCCCCGCUGAAUGCCUCCAUCUUCCAUCCCUACUUUGUGUUCUUCGAUCAGUUCGAAUUGGUGCGUCCUGUUUCCCUCCAAGCCAUGGUUAUUGGUGCCAUCAUCAUGAUGAUCAUUUCGUUCAUCUUCAUACCCAACAUUCUUUGCUCACUCUGGGUCGCCUUCUCGGUCAUUUCCAUUGAGCUGGGCGUGGCUGGCUACAUGGCACUAUGGGAUGUCAAUCUCGACUCCAUUUCGAUGAUCAACCUGAUCAUGUGCAUUGGCUUCUCGGUGGAUUUCACCGCACACAUUUGCUACACUUACAUGUCCUCGAAGAAGCGCAGUCCUAAGGCGCGAGUCCGCGAAGCACUUCACUCCCUGGGUCUGCCCAUUGUGCAGGGCUCCAGCUCCACGAUCUUGGGCAUCAUAGCGCUGCUGUUAGCUCAGAGCUAUAUCUUCUUGGUGUUCUUCAAGAUGGUCUUCCUGGUCAUUUUCUUUGGUGCCAUGCACGGACUUUUCCUGCUGCCCGUUUUGCUGUCGCUCUUCGGUCCCGGCUCGUGGCUGACGUGGACGGGACGUGACGAUGGUUCCGAUGCGGAAGUAGAUGACAGCGUGGAUGAUGACAUGAAGCUUGGCCACGUAAUGGAGAAACCCUUCGCGCAGUCCUAUUACAUGCAGUACCCCAGCAUGGGUCUGAAUGGUCCUUUUGCCUAUGGCUCCAAGGGUUUCCUCGGUGCACCCUACAAAGCCUACGGUGUGGACGAGAAGGAUCAGGGACUAGGCACGUCUGGUGAGGAUUCGUCGGAGAGCAGCUCGAGUCGCUCGCAGCGUCGCCAGCAGCUGGCGGCCAAUGCCGCAGCGUCCCCCGAGGAUGCCACACAAAUGCGACGACGCUAUGAGGAUGGCUGGCGUCGGUCCAGCUACCAGAACAUCUAUGGCAAUGGCAAUGUCAAUGGAGGAGCACAGUUUCAGGCCCAGCCCGAUCUCUAUGGCCAGCAGGUGUCGGCGGCCGAGUGGCGCCAGCGCCUCGAUGCCCACGAGCAGCAGCAUCGCAACAGUAAGCAGCGACGCAAUGAGAGCUACGACAACUACGAUCGCGACAUGCAGCGGGCGCGUCGCAAUUCCCACGGCGAUGUCAUCGACGUGCACACCCCGACGCCCACUUCGUCCCUAGACGAGCGCAUGCGGCGACAGUAUCAGCUGGCGAUAAGCGCCUCGGCGGGCAGCGGCGACGACAGCAGCUAUCAUCAUCGUGAGCAGCCCGAGUCAAGUCCAGGCGCCGGGCCACUGGCGAACAGCUCAGCGAAGCGCUAUCAUCGCCGUCGCUCCUCGGAGGACUCGACGCGUUACCAUCAACGCUGGCCGGCGAACAUCGAGGAGCGUCGUGCCCGGAGAGCACAUUCGCCCAGCGCCCAGCGACACUCGCAGGCGCAUUCGUACUCAGAGACUGCCGCAAUUGCCGCUAGCUUUGCCCGUCGCUCGUCCUCGCAUCACAAUCUUUAUCAGCCGUCAGGUGUCAAGGCGACAACGCAUCAGCCGCCCACUUAUCAGUAUGGAGAUUACUAACUCGCUGGCCACUUGAAGUCAUCAAGAUAACCGGGACAGCUGUCCUGUCAAAAUGCUAAACAAAAAACAGAAAAAUGAAAAACAACAAUGAUUACACUUAAGUAUAGUUUAAAACAUUUACUAUUUGCCGUGGCGAUCAUACUCGUAAUUUGCUGUGUUUAUGUUUAUUCUAUUUUCUCUCUUCAAGUGCAUUCAAGUCGCCUACAACAGCUUUCGGAUCCGUCCAACAGUUUCUUCUCUCAGUGCAGUUUAAGCGAUCUGGCAACGCUGCAGUAUGUUAAGUUGGCUGCGUCUGACUUAAGCUUGUUUAUGUUGUCCAGUGCUGCCAAUUUUAUGCGUUAAAAGAAGACAGAUUUUAAUUAGUUAAAUUAUAUUAUGAAAAAAAUAUAUAUACAGAAACGAUCUGUGUAUCCAAAUAAGCAUUCUUUUUAUCAUCUUAGGACUUAUAGUAUAAAUUUCGGCAUAAAGAAAUUGAAUAUUUUUCCCCUUUGAAGUUGUUAAGGAAGUGAAGAGAAAAAUAUCAAAGUUUCUUCUACGGAAAUUUUUGCUAUUCUAUAAAACACAAAGUGAUAGAUAUUAUGUUAAUUUGGAAAAUAUAUAACACACAAGGUUUCUUUAUGUAAUUUGUUAAAUAAUAUAAUAAAACAAAUUCAAGUUUGACAUUUUUAUCGCAAUAAAUUGGCAACCCUGAGGUUGUUGAUUUAACAAUGAUUUCGCAAACUGGCGCCACGGCGUAAACACAGCAAUUAACUCAAUUGCCUGCACUUUUGCCUUGCCCUCCCCCAUUUAAAAAAUUUUAUAUAUAUUUGUUGAGGCAACUAAAGUCACACAGCAAUUGGCGAAUAUUCCAUUCAAUUAUGUUUAUACACCGCUCUAUUUAAGCUAAUUCCAAUUCGAAUUCUCCUUACUUUUUACAAUGCUGACUAAUUCAUUCCACAUAUUUGAUUCUAUUUAUAAAGCAAACUGUUUUCGAGCCGCCUUUAACUCGAAUACAAUGUAUGUAUUUCAUGAAAAAAAGGCACACGCAAGUCACAUAACACUUAACUUAAGUUUUCACUGUUAGUUCAUAUCAAUUUCAGUCAGACUUUAAUCAGUGUUUAUUUAAAUUAAAUUUAGCUGUAAUUGUAACUGUGCGACCCUUCGAUGCGGUCCAUUCGAUGAUAUUUUGUAUAGAGCUAGCAACAAAAAUAGCUAUAGAUUAACUGAAUAAAUAUUUAAACUACUAAAUGUCAAGAGCUGCGCUAAUGUGCAGUCUUAGCAUUUUACACAUAAGUUAUAAGGGACACAAGUUUGUAGAGUGUUAACGAUUUUUGCUAUUGAAUAAAUAUUUUAUAUUUUC